AUGCUAUGGGUCAGUGGUGCUGCUGUCGCUAGAAUGGAAGAUCGAUCAUUGAGUGACAGUGGACUGAUGUCCUUCAUAUACGAUUGGACCGAUGUGACGCCGGUGUUUGGUGCUCCACGACGCCUCGAAGGACCGCUACAUAUUGAAUUUGAUGACCGACCUGAUGUUGUGCUACCCUCACUCUGUCUUAAUGGUGGUACUACGCAGUUAUCGUCUACUAUUUACGCGACCGGAUCUACGAAAACGUACAGGUGCGCAGUGCCAUCACUUGGUUGUCUGAGAGAAUGGACCGGAUCGGAGAGUUCAUUGCGGCACGUGUGGAGCAGGAACGCCGAUAGUGUAGUCCUAUCUGAUACAGCGAUAUAG